UCGACCUCGCAUCAACACCAACGCCCAUCUCUCUUCCUCUGCAUCUGCAGCAAACACUCCCUCCUCUCGCCACUCACCUGCAACCUACACUCCGCAUCCACCAUGGUCGUCCUUGCGGUCUCUAUCUGUACAAAGAGCGGCAAAGCUCUGAUUUCGCGCCAGUUUAAGGAAAUGACACGCGCGAGAAUCGAGGGCCUGAUCGCCUCGUUCCCAAAGUUGACCAGCAGCGGACAGCAACACACAACAAUCGAGACAGACAAUGUGCGCUAUGUAUACCAACCGCUGGAGGAUGUUUUCGUUGUCCUUAUCACCAACAAGCAAUCCAACAUCUUGCAAGAUAUUGACACACUUCAACUGGUCUCCCGAGUCGUUUCCUCGGUUUGCAGGCCAACGGAUGCUCGCGAGAUUGACAGGAAUGCAUUCGAGCUGCUGAGCUCCUUUGACGAGAUCAUCUCGCUUGGAUACAGAGAGAACGUGAAUCUGGCCCAGGUUGCAAGUAUCUCUGAAAUGGAGAGCCAUGAAGAAAAGAUCCAGGAGAUGAUUGAGAAGAAUAAGGAACGUGAGGCCAAGGAGGAGCUCAAGAGGAGGGCCAAGUUAUUGGAUCUACAAAGGAAGGAGCAGAAGAAGGCAAUGGGCGGAAUGGGCGGCGCCUACGGACAGGGAAUGGGUGGAUAUGGCCAGAGCAGCCCCAUGGGCUUUGGAGGUCAAUCCGGCAUGGGCAUGGGAGGCAUGGGGGGUAUGGGAGGCAUGGGUGGAAGCCAGGGCUAUGAUUCACCAAGCCCCUCCAUGGAUGACAACAUAUCCAAGUUCAAUUCUGCGCCCAAGGCACCUACUACAAAGGCUAGAGGCAUGCAGCUGGGACGCAAGCAAAACAACACGGACUUGUUUGAAUCCCUUCGAUCAGAAGUUGAGGCGGCACCCAUUGUUCAGCAGCGUGCCCCUCUUCAGCCCAGCUAUUCUGCUCCAGCGGAGCCUACUUUCCCCAUGGAGAGUGUGCAUGUCCAUAUCGAAGAAAAGAUCACAGUCGUGGCGAAUCGGGAUGGUGGACUGGAGAACAUGGAAGUCAAGGGUGAUCUGAUGCUGCGCGUCUCUGACCCUGCCUUUGCCAAGGUCAGCCUUGCGCUCAGUCAUCUCGAGGAUUCUAGCAUUCAGUUCAAGACCCAUCCAAAUGUCAACAAGAUUCUAUUCAACAGUGAAAAUGUGAUUGCUUUCAGGGAUUCUUCAAAGGAGUUUCCACUUAAUACGCCCACAGGAGUAUUGCGCUGGAGAUUCAUCAGCAAGGACGAGAGCUCUAUUCCUCUAUCGAUCAACUGUUGGCCAUCUCCUUCAGGAGAUGGCACAAGUGAUGUCAAUAUUGAAUAUCAGCUAGAGAACGAGGAGAUGGCGUUCAAGAACGUCAACAUUAUCAUCCCUUUGCCACAAGGAGCACGGCCAACUGUGGGCGAUGCCGAUGGUGAAUACGUUGUGGAUCCCCAGCAAAGCGCGCUGAUCUGGCAAUUGUCGUCGAUUGAUGCGUCCAAUCCAUCAGGAUCAUUGGAAUUCAACUGUCAGGGUGAAGAUACCGAGAGUUUCUUCCCUGUCUCUGUUCAGUUUGAGAGCGAACGUCUUAUCUGUGAUGUCGAUGUUAUCUCUGUGACUCUGGUUGCAGACGGCUCCGAUGUGCCAUUCUCCAAACAAAGUAUCCUGACGCCAGCAGAAUAUAGCGUUGUGUAAACAAGCAUGGACAUGAUCGACUGCUGGGGAGACGGAAUAACGACGCUUUUGAUCAUGGAUGCCAUCCGAGGACCAUUGAUAGAAAGGACCAAAAAAUACCUGAAAUAAUAAUACCAUUCGAACUAUUUCGUCA